AUGCCCUUUUACUUUAUUAUUUAAAUAUACCCUAUCCUUAACUUUUUCUUGCACUUUCCUGAAUUCUAAACAAAGAAUUAUUAUGCUACGGUUAGCAUGUUUAUCUUGUAUCAUUAUUUCACAUUUUUGGUUAUUGGUAUAGUCAGCUAGAGAAGUAGAGAAAAUUUAUUUAUAGAGAGAAAAAAAGUAAAGAUUGUAAAAGAGGAAUACCAUUAAAUUCUGGAAAAUCUCCCAGAAGGAAUAUUAAUUGCAAAAGAUGAUGAUAAGGCAAUAUAUAUGAAUUAAGAACUUAAGCAGUUUCUAAAUGUGACUGGCGACAAUUAUGAUGCAGGCUUGAUUCUUAAAUUGUUCAAGAAGCACUGCUUUAAUAAUACAGGCAGUCCUCUCAAAGAAGAAGAUUUGCCCCUUAGGAAUUCUGAAUAAAAUAUUUUUUAAUCAACCUCGUUAUAAGAAAUGCUCUCUUAAAAAGAUUGGUGCAAAGAAAAUGAUUAAUUUUAUGAACUUGAACUAGUAUCUGGAGAGCAAUGUGAUGAUGAAGAAAGAAUAUUUACACAUAUCUAAAAGCUCGAAAUUUAAUACAAACAAAAGUCUGCAUAAAUGAUAAUAAUACGGAAUAUAAGUCACAUUAUUCAUUAUGAAAAAGCUAAAAAUUAAAACAAGUACUUAGAAUUACUCACUCAAACUAUGUCUCAUGAAUUCCUUACUCCACUUAAUUCAAUCUUGCAUCUUAGUGCCUUCAUAGAAAAGAAACUUCAAGAAAAGUAUUUGAAAGAAAGGUAAAUAACUGGAGAUAUGGGAUCAUAGGUAGACAAAGAUCUUAAAAUAUGCUUAGACUACCUUAAUAUUGUUAGAAGUUCAGCUAGCAUUAUGUCUUUUCUUGUUAAAGACUUGCUUGAUUUAAUGUAUAUAAGACAAAACUCUUUUAAUCUUGAGAAGAAGAACUUUUCUGUAAUUGAAGCUUGCUAGGAGGUCAUAAAAUGUUAUGAGAUACAAGCACAAAUAAAGAAAAUUUACUUAAAAAUAGAGGUCGCAGAUCAUAUAAAACGAAAAAUAAAACAGAUUUGUGGUGAUAAGCUAAGAUACCAAUAGAUCCUAUUCAAUAUUAUUUAAAAUGGUGUAAAGUUUACUUUCAAUGGUGGUGUUAAGAUCAAAUUAGCAUUGCUCUCAAACGAUAAUUGCGAGGAAUGUGGUUAAUUAGUCACUAUGGUUGAAGAUACAGGAAGUGGAAUCACAAAAGAAAUUUAAGAAAAGUUAUUCUAAUUAUUCGCACUCAUGAGUGAUAUAAAUAGUAAUACAAUCUCAACUCAGGGCAUUGGACUUGGUUUAAGCAUAUGCAAGCAACUAGUCACUAAAUUAGGAGGAUAAAUUAAGAUUAAUACAAUUGUCAAUGAGGGCACUACUGUGAAGUUCUCAUUUCCGUUUUAUUGUCAUUACCAUGAGGAAAAUUAACAUCAAUUCAAUCUUAAUUCAGGAUUGCUAUCAAAUUCAUAACCUAGAUCUAACCCAGAAAGUUUCUGCGAUAAUAUGACUAUGAAAUCAGGCUACUCAGCUAGAUCUAAAAUAUCUGCAAAGUCUAAGACUAGAACUAGAAGAUUUUUUGAGGUUGAAAUAUUUGCCUCAGUGCAUUAAAAUGUAAUUGGCAAAAAAGAUGAUGAAAAUUAAAUUCAUAAUAGAAUCCCAACAAGGUAAAAUAAUCAUAAGGAGCCUCAGAGUUUUAUAAACGCAAAGACAGAUGAUACGAGUUUUCAAUAUAAUCUUGAAAUUAAUAAAUAACAGAGUAACAAUUUAAGAUUUGAAAAAUAAGAUAGAGAAAACAAAACAACCAAUUUUUAUAAUAGCAAACAAAAAUAAACCUGGGAUAAUAAUUAUACUUAACCUAAGAGAAUGCCUACAGAGCAUAUAAAAGUGACAGAUACUUAGAAUGACUUAGAGGCGUCUAAUUCACUAAUAAUUGAUAUCAGAUCAGGUGGAAGAAACAAGUCUUUUCACUCUCAAUAACCUCGUUUAACAUCCAAAAGAGAUACUUAAUAGAGAAAUACUACAGAUGUAAUUGAUGAUUAUAGCGAUCAUAAGAAUAUUUGCUUCAUAGCUAAAGCCAAGCACAAUGAUUUAAAAAUAAUUAAUAAGAAAAACGGGUAUCAACAACUAAAUAUCGACUCAAAAAAUAAUUCUAUGGAAUCUUCACAAAUACUUCCUAAGAUUCAAUCAAGUGGAUUAGAUUACUCUGUUAUAUCUGACAAGAAAAAGACUGCGUUUUUUGGUAAUUUCUAAGGAAGCGAUGCUGCAAAUAACCAAGAAUCUAUGAUAGACUUUUGUUCAAAAAUGCAACCAGAAUUAUAAAACUGUUAAAAAUCUAACAAUGAAAUUAUCGAUAGUUAAUUAGAUAUAAGAGAUAUAACGAUGGUAAAAGUAAGUAAUAACUUUGAAGAAUAUCAAAUGAGAAAAAGUACUGUUCACUAUGCAUAACCUGGAAAUUUCAACUUUAGUAGAAUCUAAUAAUCCAAUUAAGUUCAAGUUUUUGCCGAACGAUCGGACGAAGAUGAUGAUUCUGUGAAUGAUUAUGAAAACAAAGAUAAUCGAAUUGGAAGCAGUUUGAGGAUAGUUAUUGACAAUGAACUAUGUCCACAAUACUAAGAAAGUGAUAGUGCAGAUUAGGCCAGUGACUAAUAGUAUAAUAGACUGAACCAAAGUAAUAACAGAUCAAACCUUAAAACAUGUUCAUGUGAGAGUUCGGUGUUGAUAGUUGACGAUAAUAUGUUCAACUUGAUACCGCUUGAACUAAUUUUGAGAGAACUAUUCCACAUCUAAGUAGACAAAGCAAUGAACGGACAGGAAGCUGUAAAUUUAUUCCAGAAAAACAUCAUGAAAUAGUGUUGUGAUGUUAAAUACAAAUUAGUACUGAUGGACCUGAAUAUGCCAGUAAUGGACGGAUAUGAUGCCACAGUAUUGAUCAUUUAAUCAUUUAGAAGAGUUUUCCCAGAAGGCGUUUAUUCUAACGGGGAUCAACUUAACAUAGUAGCAGUGACUGCUUUUGUAAAUGACGAAAACAUUCGAAAAUGCAUAAGAGUAGGCAUGAAAAAAGUGUUGCAUAAACCAGUAAAUUGUGAAGAGCUAGGUAGCGUAGUUGACUAGUACUUUCACUAUCGAAUAUAGUAAUGA